GUUAUUGUACCCCUCACGUGAUUUCAUGCCUCAAACACACGUUCUCUGUUGAAAAGUGAUUUUUAAGUGAACGAUCUUCCACGUUUCGUUCCGUGUAAUGCAAUAGCAACGAAUCACGAGUGGGGACCUUUGUUCGACAUGGAGAUUUCUUUCAAAGGCAAACGUGCUGUGGUCACCGGAGCAGGGAAAGGGAUUGGCAGGGCCACAGCUCUAGCACUGGCACAAUAUGGUGCCAAGGUCACCGCAAUCACGCGCACACAAUCCGACCUGGACAGUCUGGUGGAGGAGUGUCCAUCCAUCGUCCCCGUGUGUUUUGACCUGGGGGAGUGGGAGGCCACAGAAGCGGCCCUCAAAGACAUCGGCCCCAUUGAUCUGCUCGUCAAUAAUGCUGCCUGUGCCAAGCUCCAGCCAUUUCUAGACGUCACACCUGACCAAUUUGACCAGUCUUUCACUGUGAAUGUGAAAGCUGUGCUGCACAUGUCCCAGUUAGUAGCUCGUGGGAUGAUAGGCAGACAAUCAGGAGGCUCCAUCGUCAAUGUGUCUAGCCAGGCGUCACAGUGUGCCCUCAAAAAUCAUACUGUCUACUGUGAGUCAUGUGCCACCAAAGCAGCAUUGGACAUGUUGACUAAAGUAAUGGCUUUGGAGCUCGGACCCCAUCAGAUUCGCGUGAACAGUGUGAACCCCACUGUAGUGAUGACUGAAAUGGGCCGUCGUGGUUGGAGCAACCCUGAGACUGUCAAGACCAUGACGUCCCGUAUCCCGCUGGGCCGCUUUGCAGAGGUGGAUGAAGUGGUGAACACUAUUUUGUUCCUGCUGAGUGACAAGAGCACAAUGACAAACGGAGUGUCUCUGCCAGUGGAUGGAGGUUUCCUGGCCUGUUAAACCAGCAUCACAUCAGGAUCAACUCUUUCUGUGUCAUCUCUUUUCUGUUCGAACUUUUCAUUCAGUUUGAUGAGUCUAAAUCGUUGUGCAGGUUUGUAAUCCUUUUGGCUGGAGGGACGCAGCUUAAAAAGAAUUCUGUAUAAUGCAGGCACUAAAAUAAAGUGACGUUUGGAUCACUAA